AUGGUGAUCUACCAGUGGAACCGGGAAGAGGUGCUAAAGAGGAUCAAGGACAAGUCUGGGGCAAAGCCAGGAGGUCCCGGUAUGUUCAAGCAUUAUCAGGCAGCUGUAAAGAGAGUGAUGGCUGAAUUGUCCAAUAACAAGUUGGAGAAGGUAAAGGAAACAGCCAAAGAAUGGUCCAAUAACUUUCCUCCUCCCAAGAUACAAGCACAAGUCACUCAUAAGAAGGGACCUGUGUAUAUGGAGUACUUUUUGAAGAAGAUGUGGAGGCAGUGCAGGAUGAGAGUGUUUGUGAUGUUAGCUUGGAAGAAUGAACAGGGAGAGGUGCUGUUUGGGAUACAUGAUGAUAAUGAGGAGGACAUUGAGCUAGUUUGGCAGGAGUAUGUGCAGGAACAGUUUGGGCAUGGGAUGGAUGACAACAGAUGGAGGGAGGUCAAAAAAAGAAUUAGAAAGCCUGCUUUUAAACUCAAAACUGACAGGGAUGGGAUGCCAUUGCUUCCAGACAUCACCAAAACAAAACUCGAGGAGAAGAAGGCAAUAGCAAGGGCAUUUCUUACAUCGCACUAUUGGAUCUGUUCUGGGAUUGACAAGGCAGUUGUGCCAUGGAGUGCCAUCAUACAAAGUCAGGAUGACUUUGUGGCAAGAAAGUAUGUUCCAGCAGAUGUGGACUUGAAGGAGCCUUCAAAGUUGCAAAAUUGGGACACUACAACCUUACUCAAUUUCUGGCAUGCUCAGCAGGAGAAAGGUGAUGGUCCAACAUUCCUGUUCAAAGCAUGGAAGAACAAAGAUAGAGACAUGGUAGCAUCAGUUGUAUCUGGGAAUUCACCUUCUCAUCAGACUUGUAAAGUAAGGAAGCAGAUGAUCCAAAGGCCUCAGAAUUCAUCAACCAACACCAAGAGUGACUCUCAUCACAUGGAGGAUGAUGCUGAUGAUGAUGUGGCUGAUGGUAGAUCCCCACAAAAGAGACCCAGAAGAGAGCCAGAUCCUUUGACAGCACAUAAAGGGACAGUGGUCCCAUGUGCAACUCCAAAGCCUUGCCCAGUCAAGCCAGCAAAAACUGGUGCACUGCUGACAUCACAAAUGGGUGACCUCCUGGCUGGGUUGACUAACAGAGUCACCAGCAAUGUUGAGGAGGAUGUUGUAAUGGAAGGAGGGCACAUGUCUCCAGUGCUGAAGAACAUGUGGGGAAAGAAGUGGUGA